UAUUGUAAUAAAAGUAUUUUUUAAUUUUUUUGUAAUUUAAUAUACUAUUCUUAAAAAUAAAUUUAAAAAUGGAAAAUUCAGAAGUUAUAGAACAUUUUUAUGGAGUGUAUUUAUUAUAUUCUAUGAAUCCACAAUUUAAAGGAAGAAUAUAUGUAGGAUUUACAGUUGAUCCUUGUCGUAGACUUAAAGAACAUAAUGCUGGGAAAGAACAUAAAGGUGCUCGGAAAACAAGUGAUAAAGGACCAUGGAAUAUGGUACUAAUUAUUCAUGGUUUCCUAAACAAAACAUCUGCACUUAGAUUUGAAUGGGCUUGGCAACAUCCCCAUAAAAGUCGGCGUUUAAAACAUAUAUAUGUAUCUAAUGCAAAGAAAAAAUUGCAACAAAAAAGGAAAAUUAGAUUUCAUUUAUCUGUUUUAUCAGAAAUGUUGAAAAUUGGUCCUUGGUGUCGUUUACCUUUAACAAUACGUUGGUUAGAUUAUGAGUUCUAUGAAGAAUAUUAUAGUUUGGUAGCUUCGUGAGGUAGUACAACUCUUUUAGUAAGACUUGGCAUACUGACAUAAUUUUGAGAAUUAUUCUCUAUGCUGUGAUUCUGCGACAAUUCUAAACAUUCAGAAUUUGGUGACAUCAAACAUUCAUGAAUGAAGCUACAAACUGUAUUUACGUAAGCGUCACGAUAGGUUGCAUAAUGUUUGACGUGUGGAGAAUUUGUGAAAAGUACCAGUUGUACUCGUACACCACGUUCUGCUCGUCGACUGGCAAAUUUUUCGACGUCCUUGAAAUAUGAUCAACGAUAAUGUAACAUGUACAAAUUUAGAUGAAAAGAGAAUAUUUAUUGUAAAUAUUUUAA